UGUGUGCAAAUAUUAAAAAACAUUUCAAAAUCUGUGCUGAAUUUAUUUCAGGUUAGCUUUUUUAUCUAUUAUCAGGCGCUUUUCCACACCUCCCCGUCCCCGUUUUAUCUCAAAACAAAUAUUUGUACAAAUCAUCAGCCUUCUACAACCGAAUUCCCCAUAUCAAGCCACGCCAGAACUGUAAUGUAGUGAAACAACACGAUAACCAUUUUUUGUGUUUUUUUCGUCGGAAAAAAACAACAAAAAUGACAAUAUUCCUGGUUACAACAACCCUCUGUUUGCUCUUGGUAGCACCCGCUCGCAGCUUACGGUGCUACUCCACGAACUUCGACGCCUUGGAAGCUCAACAGAUCGACAGCGAGCCCGUCGACAAAGAAUGCAUCGACUUCAUCGCCGAGGUCUCCUCCAGACAAGGAAUUUCUACCGAACUGUUCCCGUUCGAAGAAACCGACCUUCGUUGCUUCACCGUCAAAAUUGACACAGAUAGAGCAAAUAUCGCCAUACAAGGCUGCACCACUCGGGAUAGCUGCGGCUCGAUGGUGAACAACAUCAAAGCGAACACCUCGAAACUGUUGUACGAAAAGGACUUCUAUUUGAACAACAUCGCCUGCAGCGAGUGCGAGGGAGCCCUAUGCAACGGAGGCAUCGCACGAUCUGUCGUCGUCAAGAAUUGGAUUUCAGCCGAGAGAAAAAAAUAUCUCGUUAUCACCGUUGUGAUAAUUAUUGUUUUCAUGACCGUCAUAUCGGUAAUGCUGAGGGUUUUUUCGCGGAAGCCCGGAGCGAACGGCGGUGACAAAAAAUAUGCUUUGUUGAAAGUGUGACUUAUUUUGUCUUUAAUGAAUAAAGUUUGGGUUAUUAAUUAUCUAA